AUGGAGGAGAGCUCUCAAGCGGCUGCGGACACGUCGCCAUACGCGGCACCCAGGGGUUCCCCGGAAGAGGACGGCGACUAUGAUGAUGAUGAAGAAGAUGUGUAUCUGCUGCACAACCUGGCUGAGCAAGGUCGCGUGGAUCGUUUGCGCUCCGUUUUGCCGUUGCCCUCCGAGUGCUCCGAGCCGCCUCCGCGUCUGAGCGUCCUCUCGAUCGAGACAAGUCUACUCGAGAAGGACGAUAUGGGCUUCCUACCACUACACGUCGCUGUGAUCCAUCAACAGGCAGACUGUGCGCUGCAUCUGCUGCGCUAUUCGCCAGCACUCACGAGCGCCAUGUUGCGACUGAAAGGGGGAGACUUUGGCACUCCCUUCCUGCACUUGAUCUUGCGAGUUGGGUCCAUUAACGCCUCGUUCAGUGGACAACUGAUUAAUGAGCUCUUCAGUGAGGACAAGCAGUCCACAGACGGAGGCUUCUAUGGCGACGAUGUGCGAUCGCUGCUGUUCGAAAAGGUGGCAGCGAGAGACGAAGAGGGCAACACAGUCUUUCAUCUGUGUGCUCGGUAUGACCUCGUCACGUGUAUGGACGUACUGGCCUCAUUCUACAGUCGACACUUGGCUGCUAGACAGACUGAAGAGAGGGCAGGUGUCGAUGGCGAGAAGAAGAAGAAGCCGCUGAAGCUCGAGACGCUGCUGGAGAAGGGCAACAAAGUGGGAUUCCGGGCGCUGCAUGAAGCCAUGAAGUACCGAUCCGCUGCGUCAGCAAGAAAGUUGGUAAAUGGAUACAAAGUGGACGUGAAUCCCAUAACGUCUCUGCUUCAGACUCCGGCGCAUAUUGCCGCUGUUGCAGGUUUUGCCGAGGGCGUGGAGAUCCUGCGCAGUUCACCUCGAGAUGUCGCUGCAAAUUUCGCAUUGAAAGACACACAUGGAUACACAGCAGGUCAAGUGGCUCACAAGUGUGGAUUCGAUGGGCUUGAAAGGCGUUUGGUGGCAGCAGAAGCAGAUGAGAGCGUUACAGAGCCAGCUGAUCACAAGGAAGAUGUCGCUUCUAAAGACCAGACGAGAUUCUUGUUCCACCCUGAAGUGUGGAGGCAUUUGCCCAUGUCAUAUCAUCGUCGAGGUGGACCCGACCCUCCACCAGAAAACCCGGAGCGGAUGAACACCCUGGUGGACCCAGUGUUUGGUAUCCUGCGAUCACGCGAGUUCCAGAGGCCAAAUGUGAAGUGGGAUCAUGAUAUUGAACGUGCAGAUAUUGCCGAGAUUCUGCGAGUUCACGAGUAUCACUACGUCGAUCGCGUGCGUCACAAAUGUGCCUCUCUCGCUGCGUCAGUUAUGAGCAAGACACCUGUUGUAUCUAGGAACGAUGGCGCAAGGCAUGACCAACUCAAGUCAACGUCUUAUAGCGGUAUUGACGACGCUGAAGAGUGUCAUGCAACCUUUUCUUUAGAUUUCGACACAGCAUUGUCGGUUCGUUCCUUCGAUGCAGCCACCCGUGCCGCUGGAGCAGUGUGCAAGGCAGUGGACGAGGUUGUAGCCGGUAAGUGCAGGAAUGCGUUCUGCAUCGUGCGGCCUCCUGGACAUCACGCUGGGCCUGUGGGUAAAGUGGUGUGUGAGAAUGAUCCCGAAGGAAGUCUUGGCUUCUGUCUGUUCAAUAAUGUGGCUGUCGGUGCAGCUUACGCACGUGCACAUUUCAAGCAUCGCGGGAUCAAUAAGGUAGCCAUCUUGGACUUUGACGUGCAUCACGGCAACGGAACAGAAGAAAUUGUGCGACAGCUGGUGCCGUCUACGAAAGAGAUUGAGUUCGAGACACCUUACGGUACUGGCAAGCAAGUCGUGCAUCAAUACAAGCCCUGGCGCAGCGACGAUGACUCGGAGAACGUAUUCUUCUGUUCGGUACACGGAUAUGGACACAAGGACCCAGAGAAUAAGGAGGAGCUGGGCAAAGGGGAGACGCAGGGCUGGUUCUAUCCUGGCUCGGGUGUCUCUGGUUUGAAAGAGGGCCCUGUGAUCUGGGACGAAGGUCUGCCCUUUUGCCAUGAAGGCGCGUCUGCUUCGCGUCUCAAGUGGCGCAGCGCCUUCAGGGAUCGGAUUUUGCCCAAACUGCGCGAGUUUAAUCCGGAUCUCAUCUUCUUGUCGGCGGGCUUUGACGCGCACAAGAAGGAGCUCGUUAACUGGGGCUAUGUGUCGCUAUUGGAGCAAGACUACGAGUGGCUUGUGAGCCACGUCAAGCGAGUGGCCAACAGCUGCUGUGAUGGCCGACUCGUCUCAGUGCUGGAGGGAGGCUACAACUUCCACGGACGUAUCAUCUCGCCCUUCGCACGUAGCGUGGCAGCCCACACACGUGCGCUUAUCAACCCAGCACAAGAGCUCUGGGACGAGGACGAGAUCGCCAAGGAGGCUGCACACGAGCAGGCAUUGCUGGCUAAUUAUUUAGAGCCAACUGCAGCAACGUCUGCGGGCGUGACGAUGCUGCAGACGAAGAAGCGCAGUAAGACUGAGGUCUCGGCAAUGCUGGCAAAUUUGCGGAGCAAGCGCGUGAGAAAGGAGGUCGACUACGUGGCGCUAGCCAAGGAGCUGACCGAACAGCAGUAA